AUGGCGUCUGCCCCCGAUACCACAUCGAUCCCGGGUUACACAAUCUUCCGGGAGGGAGACUAUGACAGUGUAGCAGCAGCGGCAUUUCUUCCACAAGGCACACCGCACCCACUAGACCAGUUGUCCAUCACAGAGAUCCCAGCGGCAGCCAAGCUGAUUCGCGAAUACGCCAGCCCCCGAACAAUCAAGUUCAACUGCCUCACACUCCGUGAGCCGCGCAAGGCCGAAUAUGCCGCCUUCCGACAGGGCAAAACGCCCAUCCCAGACCGACGAGCCUUCGCCAUCAUUCUGGAGCGCGAAACGGGCCAGGUCGCCGAGGUAGUUGCCAACCUGAGCAAGGCCACCGUCGAAAGCUGGAAGGAAGUGCACGAGGUAAUGCCGACACUUACACUCGAAGACCUCGACGUGAUGGAGCGCAUUGCGCGCAAGGACACGCGUGUGAUCCGGGCAUGCAAAGAGCUGGGAAUCAGCGACAUGUCGAAAGUGUUCCUGGAUGCAUGGGCCAUUGGGGUCGACGAGCGCUGGGGCUUUGAGCGGCGGCUGCAGCAAGGUCUGGCGUACUACCGCAGCUCGGAGUUCGAUAACCAGUAUGCGCACCCGCUGGAUUUCACUGUUGUUGCCGAUACCGAGACGGAGGAGGUGCUGAGUGUUGAUGUACGCUAUGUGAAUGGUGAACGCACGGCUGUUCCUCUCAAGGAGCACAACUAUUUGCCUGAAUUCAUCAGCGAUAAGUACAACCAUGAUCGUCUGAAACCUAUCGAUAUCACUCAGCCACAGGGAGUGUCGUUCCGCGUGCGCGGGAACGAGCUGUCGUGGGCCGGGUACAAGAUGCAUAUUGGUUUCAACUACCGCGAAGGUAUUGUCAUCUCGGACGUCCGGGCUCACGACAUGUACGAGGACCGCGAACGGACCCUCUUCAACCGAAUCAGCAUCGUCGAAAUGGUCGUGCCCUACGGCUGUCCCGAGGAGCCGCACCACAAGAAACACGCCUUCGACGUGGGUGAAUACGGCACGGGACUGAUGACGAACUCGCUCAAGCUGGGCUGCGACUGCAAGGGGGCAAUCCACUACAUGGACGGGGUGAUGGCGACCGGCAAGGGCGAGGCGGCGGUGAUCAAGAACGCGAUCUGCAUCCACGAAGAGGACAACGGGCUGCUGUACAAACACACAGAUUACCGCGACGGCACGGUGAUUUCGGCGCGCGACCGCAAGCUCAUCAUCUCGCAGAUCAUCACGGCCGCGAACUACGAGUAUGGCUUCUACCACACGUUCACGCUGGACGGCACCUACAAGCUGGAGAUCAAACUCACCGGCAUGCUCAACACCUACUGCAUGCACCCCACCGAGCAAGCCGCGCCCUACGGCACAGAAGUGGCGCCGCAAAUCACCGCGCACAACCACCAGCAUCUCUUCUCCCUGCGGAUAGACCCCGAGAUCGACGGCAGCAACAACUCCGUGAUCCAAAGCGACGCCGUCGCCUCCGAGCACGCCGUCGGUUCCCCACAGAAUCCAUACGGCAACGCCUUCUACAGCAAGAAAACACCGCUGCGCACCGCACUCGAAGGCGCCGCCGACUACUGCUACGAAACCAACCGGUCAUGGGACAUCGUGAACACAAACCGCGUCAACAGCAUCGCCAAGAAACCCAUCGGCUUCAAGAUCCUCAACACCUCGUGCCCGCCCCUGCUCGCCAAACCCGGCAGCGUGGUCUACAAGCGGGCCGCGUUUGCACGCAAGCCGUUAUGGGUCGUGCCCUACAAGGACUACGAGCUAUUCCCCGCCGGCGACUACGUCUGCCAGUCGACAGGCGCCGAAAACCACCCGCACAACCAGACCGUGCUGGACUGGGCGCAGCGCGACGAGAAUAUCGAGAACACCGAUAUCGUCUGCUACCUGCAGUUUGGACUGACACAUUUCCCGCGCACGGAGGAUUUCCCGAUCAUGCCGGCUGAGCCGGUCAGUAUUAUGCUGCGGGCGUCGAAUUUCUUCCAGAAGAAUCCGGCGCUAUGGGUGCCGCCGUCGGCGGUUUGUGUGGAUACGAUGUCGACGAGCGCGUUUCCGUCUUCUUGUUGUGCGGGCGGCAAUGCCUCCGCGAACAACUCCAGGCUGUAA